AAUUGAGUUACUUUAAAGUGAAUUUCAAUUAAUCUCUUAAAACAACUGAAUAGUGCAUUUUCACUCUACUUCAACUUUUCAAUUUUUCACAUCUCAAACAACAAAGCAAACAUAAUACGAACUGUUCUCUUCUCUUGUUGAAGAUAAUAGAAAGAUCAAGUGUUUGUAAGAAUGCAUUCAAUAUCUCAAACCUUCAUCUUAAAUCCAACUACACAGAUUAUCAGAUACAAGCAGAGAGUAGACAAUUUUGUUUCGCGGAGCUUAAAUUCUAGACAUUUCGGUCUUUUAUUAAAGCAUAGACAUGAUGGAGUGAGGAUUUUGAAAAGGGAACAAAGGAAUUGGCUUCCUACUGCAGCUGUGUUAUCAGACGCCGAAAUUUCUUCUACUCGUUUUGAGGAGUUCUCUGUCUCUACUGCUGACACCAAUGAUGUUGGAGAACUAAAGAUAAGCAUCGAGGUAUCUGGAAACAAAACACAGAGGAUCUUUGAUGAUGUAUUUCAGAAUAUGGUUGAAGCGGCACAACCAAUUCCCGGAUUCCGUAGAGUAAAAGGAGGAAAAACGCCAGAUAUACCAAAAGACAUUUUAUUAGAGGUGUUAGGACCUUCCAAUGUGUUUAAGCAAGUUAUCAAGGAAAUCAUCAACUCAACUGUAGCUGAGUAUGUGGAGAAGGAGAGUUUAAAAGUCAACAGCGACAUGAGAGUUGAGCAAAGCUUUGAAGAUCUUGAAACUACAUUUGAGGUAGGAGAGAAGUUUAGCUUUGAUGUUGUACUUCAUCUUCUAAAGUAGAAUUGACAUGCAUUGAUAUGCUAAAAUCGUAUCGGAUAGAAUGAUGUUGCUCAAUCAGCAAGUACCAAGGAAUCUCUUAAAUAUAUAUGAUUCUAGAUGGAUUUUGUUUGAAUGAGAUAAUUCAAUGUCAUCUAAAUGUAUGUUUGUAAUCACUGUUAGUUUUAUGAAAUGAAGGUGACUGUGACACUA